AGUAACACAGACAAGGUUCAUAACCUCGCCCUGCUCUUGCACAGACAUCAAUGAGUUGUGGAAAAUCAGUGAAUACAUCAAAUGAUUUAGCUCUCGUAUGGGAUUAUAAUGAUGAUGGCAAUCAGUGUGCUAUUCAAAAGCAGAUGCCUAUGGUUGAACCAGAAUGUGUAAGAACAAUGACUGAAACUGCACCGUGCAUUGGAUCAUUCUCUGCUGUUAAGACACUUUGGGAAGUGAGAAUUCAGAAAAUAAAUGAAGAAUUACGGAAGGAAAAGGAAUUCAGACAGAGAGCUGUAGGCAGACUGACGCUUGUCUGGGAGGAAAGAGUCAGUUUAGCCAAGCUUAAAGAAAAAGUUAUCACUGAAGAUGGAAGAGUUAUAUUAAGGAUAGAACAAGAAGAAUGGAAGAUGUUACCUUCUUGCUUACUGAAACUGAACCACCUCCAGGAAUGGCAGCUUCACAGAAUUAGUUUGGUGAAAAUUCCUGAAUUCAUUGGAAGGUUUCAAAAUCUCAUUGUGCUGGACCUAUCCCGAAAUGCCAUUGAAAAGCUACCUAAAGAGAUUGGCCAGCUGCCUAACCUCCAAGAACUGCUCCUCAGUUAUAAUAAAAUUAAAUCUGUUCCGAAAGAGCUAAGUAACUGCAUCAGCCUCGGAAGACUGGAACUGGCUGUGAACAGGGAUAUCUGUGACCUUCCACCUCAGCUCAGUGACCUAAAGAAGCUUUACCAUGUAGAUCUGAGUAUGAACCAAUUUACUACCAUCCCUUCAGCUCUCCUGAACAUGCCAAGUCUAGAAUGGUUAGACAUAGGGAGCAACAAACUUCAGCAACUCCCUGAUACGAUUGACAGAAUGGAGAACCUCCAUACUUUAUGGCUCCAACGGAAUGAAAUAACCCAUUUACCGGAAACCAUCAGUAAUAUGAAAAAUCUGAACACUCUUGUCCUCAGCAACAACAAACUCCGGGAUAUUCCUGCUUGCAUGCAACAAAUGACAAAUCUCAGAUUUGUCAACUUCAGAGACAACCCACUGGAGCUGCAGGUAACACUCCCCCCAUGUGAGAAUACGGAAGAGGAGGAGGAACGGGAAUUGUUUGGUAUUCAGUUCAUGCAUAUGUAUAUUCAAGAGUCACUCAGCAGAGCAGGUAUGAGAUUUGUAUUGUCUGUAACUACAGUAUGAAUAAAAAAUAUUAGCAAACAUUAAAAUGCAGUCAAGCAGAAUUAGGGUGUCUCUACACUGGUGUGAAUUCCAGUUUGAGGAGACAUACGUGAGCUAACAUGCUAAGAACAGAAAUGUAGUUACCUCUGAAUAUGAUCCUGGUACAUACUUAACUCUAACAAGCCUCUCCUGCCAUGUGUUCCACAGUGGUGACACUUCUAUUUUUACCUCACUAGCUCAAUCACAGCUAGCACAGAUAUGUCUCCUUGAGCUGGAAGUUACACUGAAGGAGUAGCAGGAGAAGCUGAUGCUUUUAUCAUGGAGUUUCUGGAGUUCCCAGCAUUUCCUGCCAGCACGUGCAAAAGCACCAACAUGUGAUGGGGAAAUAUGGAGGUGUUUCUAGAAAGAUCUAGUGACCUAAGUGAAAUAAAUUACCAUAUAUACUCGAUCAUGAGCCGGUUCGUUUAUAAGCUGACCCCUCCCAAGUUGGAGAAGUAAAAAUGGAAAAUGUUUAUAACCCAUUCAUAAGCCGACCCUGUAAUUCAGGGGUCAGCAAACUUUGGCUUCUGGGCCACGAGGAUAAGCCACUGGUGGGCCGAGAUGGUUUGUUUAUGUCGAGCAUCCACAGGCAUGGAGGUAAACCUAAGUAAAUAAAGUGUCCUGGCCCGCCAGCUGCUUACCUGAUGGGCCAGGACAGCAACUGGUGGGGAAAUUUAUUUUGCGGGGAGAAGCUGGGAGUCAAAGGAGUAACCCCUGUGACCACCCCCAUGACCCCACCCUUAGCCCAGAACCCCCACACUCUCCCCAUCCCAUCCCUUCCCACCUUAUCUGGGGAGGGCCUAGGGAGGAUGUUUCUGGCCUGGCCAGAGAUGCUCUGACAGAUCGGGUGGCAUGGCCCCAGCCUGCUCCGGCGGGCUGGGCCGGGCAGCAUGGCUGCAGCCUGCCAGCCCCCAAGCUGCAGCUGCUUCAGAGGCUAGGGGGACAGCAGCGUGGUCAGAAGCGGAGAGACUCUGGCCCCGCGUCUUCCCUUCUGGCUGUGCUGCCUCUACUUGCUCCCUUUGUUGGGGAGAAGGCUGUGUCCCACUUCUCCCUCUCUAUACCCAUUCAUAAGCCCACCCCCUUCCCUGGUGCUUCCGUUAACUAAAAAAAAAUUCAUCUCAGGAACAAGUACACCUCUACCUCGAUAUAACGUGGUCCUUGGGAGCCAAAAAAUCUUACUGUGUUAUAGGAAACCAUGUUAUAUUGAACUUGCUUUGAUCCACUGGAGUGUGUGGCUCGCCCCCCCCCCCCCCCCGCUCUAGAGCACUGCUUUACCACGUUAUAUCCAAAUUCGUGUUAUAUCAAGUGGCAUUAUAUUGAGGUAGCAGUGUAUAUAUGGCUAUUUCACCCUGCUUCCUCAAGGAAAAGUAGCCAUAUGACAAAGCAUAUCAACUAGCACUGUCUGCUGAGAGAUAAGGACUGGACAAUGAAUUACCCACAGAGGUUGUAAAUGAAGGUCAGGAUUGAGUUAUAUAAGCAGAGCAUCAUGAGCCAGUGCCCUUUUCUAUAUCUAUUAUGCAAACAGCGAAUUUCACUGACGGAAGGUAUCAAUAUUUCAU